AAACUGACAGUUGUCAAAUGAAGUCGUGAUAUCUGUUUCAAAAGACAUUUCUUACUACCGGUAAAAGAAACAAAAAUAAAGCACUAUGUCAAAUGUGACACAGCUGCUCUUUUUCCUUGCGGUCCUCCAAAUCCCGCCACUAUAUCGCACGGAUGAGUUGCAAUCUUCUCCAUAUGACUGGAACACACCAAGAGGACUCCAAAUUUCUAACAACCCAUUCAGUCCUCACCGGAAUCUUUUAAAAGCCAUUCAGCAAAAUCGUGAGAUAAAGAGUUUAAGUGGUGAAGCUGAGGAUGAAACACCGUUCCAGAAUAGACUGGAUCAACCUGAUAUACCUGACAUCCUUUCAAACGAUCUACCAAAUGAAGAAACGCCCCAAGAUCGCUUUAAAACUUUUGACACUGAAAAAGGUCAAGAUUAUAUUAACGAUGAUUACAGACCAAGUGGAAAUUUUGAAGUAGAAAAUAAAGUUCAAGGUUCAGCGACGCAUGAUCAACUGAUGAAUCCACUUUUGGCACGCAGCAGCAAACUAUUAGGGCCACCAGCACGAUUAAGUAAUGAUAUUCGAUCACCUUCGAAUACAGUUUUUCAGAAUGGGAUGUUAGAAAAUCAACCACGUAUAAAUCAAAUUGUUCCAUCACAACUGAAACAGCUGCAUCGUUUAUUUGAGGAAUUCACACAAAAUCAACCUCUGAUUCAAACUCCUGGCCUUGGAGAAUUUAUUCCCUUACCACUCCCAUCAUCGCUUUCUCGAAACAGAGGUUAUUUACCUCGGCAUGAAUCAUUGUCGUUCCCGCCACCUUUUCCUGCUUACAAAGACCGCCUACACCAUCGAGGACCCAUACCCUUCCCACCACUGCCAUUCAGAUACAGAGGCAACCUUCCUCCUCCAGUAGCCUUGCCAUUUCCACCACCACCACCACCACCAUAUAAAGGACGUAUACCACCACCAUUUGAAUUCAAAGGUCACGCUCCUCAACGUAGACAAUUUCCAUUCCCACUGCCGCCGUUUGGAUUCAGAGACCAGCUUCCUCGACAAUUUCUUUUACCGUUUCCAUCUCCACCACUAUCAUUCGGAUUCAUGGGACACUAUCCUCGACGUGCACCAUUACCCUUCCCUCUCCCACCAUUUGGAAUCAGAGAUCAAUUUCCACAUCGUGCACCAUUCCCACCCCCACCAUUUGGAAUUAGACACAAAUUUCCACGACGUGCACCAUUUCCACUCCCACCAUUUGGAAUUAGAGACCAAUUUCCACGACAUGCACCAUUCCCACCCCUUCCAUUUGGAAUAAGAGACCAAUUUCCACGACGUGCACCAUUCCCACCCCUUCCAUUUGGAAUUAUAGACCAAUUUCCACGACGUACACCAUUCCCAUUCCCACUCCCACCAUUUGGAAUUAGAGACCAACUUCCCCGUCGUGCACCAUUUCUAUUCCCACAAAUGCCAUUCAGAUUUGGAGGCUAUUUUCCUCGACGUGUCCCGUUUCCAUUUCCACUCCCAUCUUUCGGAUUUAGAGGACACUUACCACCUCAUACACGGUUUCCAUUCCCACUACCCCCAUAUGGAUUAAAAGAACACUUUCCUAGUCAGAUGCCCUCACCAUUUCCACCACGACCACGUGGACCCGUGCCAUUCCAACCAUCUUCUCGAUUAAGAGGCCACUUACUUCGUCACAUACCCUCACCAUUUCCACCGCCUCGAUUUGGUAAUGGAGAACUUUCUCCACGGUCUAUGCCAAAACCAUUUAAACCAUCGCCUGUUAAAUAUAGAGAAGAAUUGCCUUUUAAGGCACAUUUGCGUUUCCUCUCGCCACCAGCAAUGAACAGAGGACAUGUUCCUCCUCAGGCAAUGCCCCCUUUUCUAAGAUCACCAAAAAUACCCCAACAGCCUAUGAGUAGCCCUAUUUUCUCAUAUGAUAAGAAACCUUUUCAACCUUUAAAAAGACUAGAUGACCUUCCAUUUAAUUUGCAAAUGAGAAAGGAUUUAUCAUAUGGAAAAGGAGAAAGCCCACUUUCUCUGCCAUUAAAACAUGGUCGACCCUUUCUUGGUGAUCGUCUACCAGGGCUUCCGUCUAACAACCCAAUGCCACCAAACUCCUCACCGUACGUCCCACGUGAUGACUUGCCACCAGUGCGAGAAUUCGAUUUGAAGCGUUCCUUUCCACCACCGAAAUUUAUUUAGUUUGCAGACCUAUAUAAACUUUUACUAUAAGCUUGCUUUAUGUUUAGUAGUUUCCCCGAGAAUUGCUUGAUAAAAUGGCAUGUAGCAAGUAGAAAUGAAAUCCAUAGAGUUAUGUAUAUUUUUUUAUGUUACAAAUGAAGUCAAUGCCUUUUAGUUCGAAACAUUCUGUAAAAAUGUUUCAUACAUUGUUAUACUGUUACAGUAUACUAGUACCUUUUUGCAAAGGUGUUGAUCAUCAAUUGCUAUAAUAUGUCUCAAGUCGUAUAUGUGUUUGUAUUUUUAUUGACAGCAGAUUAAAUAAAUUUUCCUUUGUAGUAUAAA